GUAUAAAAAGAAAACAAAAAGAAAUAGAAACCAAAGUAAUCUUCUAAAAUGGAACCAAGGGCAAAAUCCGUACAAUACAUGGCACCAUGGCGGAUUCAUCAAAUUCGCCGUCGAUUUUCUGUACUCCGGCCACGCUUCGGUGAGGAACAUUCCGAUUUUUUCAGAAACGCAACAUGGAGAUGAAUAUCCGACUCAUUCUAUUCCCACUUUUCAUCUGUUUGUUGCUUGUUCUCAUCCAAAAAACGGUGAAUAGUCAAUUAGAUAAGCCCUCGUUAAGGUGUGGCUGCAUUUGUGUUGAUACAGGAAAGGGCCAAUGUGAAAAAACGUGUGGGAUCGAAUACUCAAGUUUGGACCAAGUAUUCUUUUGUCCCAUUCCUCAUCCUACAGAAUGGCCUCUGUUAUUACAAGUGCCAGCUCAGCAAUUUCGUGCUGUUAGAACUGGAGAUAGAUGCAAGAAAACGGGUUCCUGUCCUGUAACUAUGCUUAUUACUGGAAAUAAUCAAACAUUUGGUCAAUCUGUGGCUGGAAACAUGUUCUCGAGGCCAUUAAAUGUAAAUUCCUCGGAUAUUCUGCAAAGCUUAGCAGAUAAUGCCUUGGGUUCGGGAACAACGUCUCGGUAUACUAAUUUUAUUGAUGCUGCUUUUCUUUCAAAUGCUCCAAUUGAUCUUCUUCAACCUCAAUGCUCAUCAGAUUCUCAAUUUUCUGUUGCUAUCCAGUUAGGUUCUGCUACAUUGCAAAAAGAUGUACGUUGCACUCAAGGCUUACAAUUGUGGCGCAAUAGUUCUGCCGAGAUCAAUGAUGAGAUAUACAAGGGUUACCGUAAUGGGAAUUCGGGAAGAAAGAUUAAUGAGAUUUUAGCAGGUUUGGGACUAACAUCUUUGGUUUACGAGAAAAAAAGUUGCCAGUUUUAUGUGAACGGCUUAAUUCAUUGUUCCCUUUGUUUUGCAGCUUAUGAUUUUGCGAAUUCAAAUGAGAAUCUAUUCAAUGUUACGAUAUGGUAUAAUUCUACGUAUAAGAACGACACGGGGGAUCAACCUCCUGCCUUGAUACGUGUGCCUCGUUCAAUAAAUUUGGCUUCAAAUGCCUAUCUCCAAUUUCUGCUUGGACCAUCUGCGAAAAUGCUUUUCGAGUUUGUGAAAGAAAUGCCAAAGCCCGAAACGAAUCUUAGGCUGGAUUUCUCUUCUCUCCUUGGGCCACUCUUCUUUACAUGGGUUAUUGUCCAGCUGUUUCCUGUUGUUCUAAUAUCUUUGGUUUACGAGAAAGAGCACAAACUAAGGGUUAUGAUGAAAAUGCACGGGCUCGGAGAUGGACCUUAUUGGAUGAUAUCUUACGCUUAUUUUCUAGCAAUAUCUUCAGUCUACAUGCUAUGCUUUGUGGUAUUUGGCUCAGCCAUCGGGUUAAACUUCUUCAGACUAAAUGAUUACAGCAUCCAUUUUGUGUUUUACUUCCUCUAUAUAAAUUUGCAAAUCUGUUUGGCUUUUCUCGUUGCUGAUUGGUUUUCGUCGGUGAAGACUGCUACAGUCGUAGGGUAUAUGAUGGUAUUUGGAACUGGGCUUUUGGGUGGCUUCCUUUUUCAGUUCUUUCUCCAAGAUUCGUCUUUCCCAAAAGCAGGUAUAAUUGCUAUGGAGUUAUUUCCAGGGUUUUCCCUUUAUCGUGGGUUAUACGAGUUCUCACAGUACGCCUUUACCGGAAAUUUUAUGGGAAGUGAUGGAAUGCGAUGGAAAGAUUUAAACGAUAGCAAUAACGGCAUGAGAGAGGUAUUGGUUAUCAUUGCAAUUGAAUGGUUAGUUGUUCUUUGUGUUGCAUAUUACGCGGAUCAAGUUGUGUCAUCUGGAAAAAGUCCCCUGUUUUUCUUGCGGAAGCAACAAAAGAACCUCUCAUCAUCUUUCCGCAAACCUAGCCCGCGAAGGCUUGGUUCUAAACUUUUUGUUCAGAUGGAGAAGUUUGAUGUUGACCAAGAGAGGGAGAAGGUGGAGCAGUUACUACUUGUAUCAAGUACAAGUCAUUCAAUCAUAUGCAAUAAUCUCAAAAAGAUAUAUCCAGGCACGGACGGAAACCCCGAGAAAUGUGCAGUAAGAGAGCUCUCACUUGCUUUGCCGGAGGGAGAAUGUUUCGGCAUGCUUGGUCCUAAUGGUGCUGGCAAAACUUCAUUCAUCAACAUGAUGAUUGGGCUCAUAAAGCCGAGCUCGGGAACUGCAUAUGUUCAAGGAUUAGAUAUACGGACUGAUAUGGAUAAAAUAUACACCAGCAUGGGUGUAUGUCCCCAGCAUGACUUGCUGUGGGAUACAUUAACGGGAAGAGAGCACCUAUUUUUCUAUGGACGGCUUAAAAAUCUCAAUGGUGCUGCCCUAACACAUGCAGUGGAAGAAUCUCUUAAGAGUGUGAACUUAUUUCACGGCGGGGUGGCAGACAAACAAUCGAGGAAAUAUAGUGGAGGCAUGAAAAGAAGACUUAGUGUCGCCAUUUCACUUAUCGGAGAUCCAAAAGUGGUGUAUAUGGAUGAGCCGAGUACUGGAUUAGAUCCUGCUUCAAGAAACAUGUUGUGGGACGUUGUGAAACGUGCUAAGCAAAAUAGAGCUAUAAUUCUCACCACGCAUUCAAUGGAAGAGGCAGAACAUUUAUGUGACCGUCUUGGAAUUUUUGUUGAUGGAAGCUUGCAAUGUGUCGGAAACCCUAAAGAGCUCAAGGCUAGAUACGGAGGAUCGUAUGUAUUCACGAUGACAACAUCACCGACUCACGAGGAAGAAGUAGAGAACUUGGUAAACCAACUCUCACCAAAUGCAACAAAGGUAUACCAAAUUUCAGGUACACAAAAGUUCGAGUUGCCAAAAGACGAGAUAAGAAUAGCAGAUGUUUUCGAAGCAGUCGAGAAUGCAAAGAGUAGAUUCACCGUUCAGGCGUGGGGUUUGGCAGACACGACAUUAGAGGAUGUCUUUAUUAAGGUUGCAAGAGGGGCUCAAGCAGACACUACUCUCUCGUGAUAACACGAUAUGGAGCCGAUGUAUGAUUAGUUAAACUCAUGCUUGAUAGUUUUGGAAGCAUCUCAAUGGAAUAUUGGAAUAUUCUAUUGUAAUAUUAUGCACUGGGUUUGAAAGUUUGUAUCAAGAGUUUAUAAUGUGAAAUUUGCCUCGUGCCUUUUUGUCUA